CAUUUUUUUGCCGUCCAGGAACAAUUGUCGGUGGGUGAGCAAAACCCCACAGGUCGUCGGCAGCCUACUUUUCGUUUUGCCUGUCGCAGAGGACAAUUAAAUUGCAACCAUUAACGGUUGUUGCCACCGUGCUCCGCAUGUGACCGAGCAGACAGGGGAGGGGCGGUUUGUCUCGUGUAUAGUACCGUGGAACACCGAGUUCUAGUCAACGUAGCUGAGCAGCAGCAGCAGCAACGGCCACACCGAGGAAAAGAAGUCGCCGAGACACAGGAGACUCCUCGACCCGGCUGUAAGCUCGUAUCCCUCAGCUUUGAAGACAGCCUCGUUGGAACAGCGCCAAGGACAAACCUUUGAUAUGCUGAUGUAGUUGUGAGAGCUUGUCGAGCCAAGGACAUUGUCAGUACAGCAGGAAAGGAGAUGAGCACCAAGAGGAAGGCAGAGAGUCACUCAAGGGCAGGAAGCAGACCACACAUCAUGAAGUCUGGUAACUCCCGGGCCGAUUCAGAGAGAGACUCUGGAUUCUCAGAUGCAAGCUCUGAGCAUAUGAGUACUAUGGAUACCACAGACUCUGAGGAUUCACCCCACCCCGUUGGACAGCAGGGACCGCAGACUUCUGGGUCAGUGCCCCAGCCCUCUCAGCUGGCUGUGGUGGGAGGUUCCUACUCCAGCCUAUCUCCCAUGAUCAUCAUGAACAAUGUCCUUCUGAAGCAGCCUGGAGACAAUCCUCCUCCUCUGAAACCCUGGGGGUUUAGUCCCACAGUGGAGGUGGUUCAGCCUGUGGUUCAGCCCGUGGUCCAGCAGCCCCAGGUGGUCUUCCUCCAGCCUGUGGUCUCUCGCCAAGCUUCCCCUGCCUCCAAAGAGGGCACCUCCAGACAUAGACGCCCUAAGAAGUAUCUUCCAAUCCUGAAAUCUUACCCCAAAAUUGCUCCACAUCCUGGAGACAGCUCCAGUUCCUCUGGGAGAGGAACUGCUUCCUUAUCUUCACCCUCCUCCAUGUCUUCCUCCUCCUCUUCUACCUCCUCUUCUUCGGGGUCGAAGAGAGGUAGCAGUCUGACAUCCAACCACCGUGACCACUGUCAGAAAGAGAAACAGCCAAGAAGUCUGUGUGGUAGUGCUAAUAACUCUAGCUCAACCAUUCCCAGUCUUCCUGGUACCCCUGGCACCAUGUCCCCUCUGCUCCAGAGCCGACUGUCUUUCCCCACAACAGAAACCAGCGCUAACAGUAGUCCUGCCAGGGAGAGGCCUUCAUCAACUAUCAGCCAGUCAGAAUUUACCUCCUCCCUUUCUUUCACUCACACCACUGGUUCCAAAAACCAGGCACUGCCUGUUCCCCAGAUGGGCACCCUGGAGGAGUUCUCACCAGGAGAACAUGACCACAUCGACAGUGAUGCUGAUUCACGGAGGAAGCGCUUUUGCAACACCUACAACAUCCUGAACAAAUCUGGCCUGCUAGACAUCACGCUUCGCACUAAGGAGCUUCUCAGGCAGAACCGACGCACCCAGAAUGACCUAGACCGGCUAAAAGAGCACACAGACCUCUUCCUUCAGGCUCUGCGGAGCGGUGACCCUAGCAUCUGUGUCAAGCUGCAGGCCAGCCUUCAGGAGGAAGAUGGAGGAAAAGAGAGGGAGAGAGCUGCUCAAACCAGCUUAAAGGCAGAUUAGACCUAGACUAUUGCUAGAUAAUAAGACUUUAGAUUGAGAUGGGGAAAGGAAAGCCAGGGUUGGGGGUUGGAGUGUACAGGGACAGAUGGGCCGAAAGUAAUGUGCUCCACUAUACAGACCCACCCCCCAGACUCUCACACAGACAGUGUGCUGUGGCCUAUAUUUUGGCUGUUGCCUGCCUUAGGGCCCUGACACACCAAGCCAGCCUCAAACAAUUGGUGCACAUAUAGACUCUAUGUGGCUCACGUCCUCUGUAAAAGUUGCACUUGAACUCAGUGUAAGGUGUUAGUUGGUGGCCAUCAAUAUGCACAUAUAUUCUGCACCUGCAUGAGAGGAAAUAUCUUAGUAAUUCAGAAAACCUCAUGGAAUGAGAAGCAAAACAAUUGUUUUGCCAGUUUGCUAAAAUUGUCUUAUUACAUAGUCAGAUUAUGAAUUGAUAAUAUCAGUAUGUCUCCUUAAAAAGUUGCCUGUAAACAUUACUUUGCCCUUACCUGAUGGUGUGAAAGGGACCAAAGGUCCAACAAGGCCAAAACCACAGCACACUGCUCUCUUCAAUUGAAAUGGCCUCUCUGCUGCACAGAAAUCUUUUGCUCAUUGGCAAUCAAGACCCAAAAACCCAGAGAGAUUUGGAUCUAAGGCAUGAAGGGAUGAACUAAUUCAAAACUUUUUAUAUUGUAUGCACAAUACAGGCUUGAAAGCUUGAUUAAAACCCCUAAGACUGGAUAUUUCAACUUCAACAGCGUGACAAGGUGUUUUCUUAUAAAACUGAAAAAUUGUGAUGACAAUGAAUUAGGUCGACAUUUCUGUUGUUUUAACAGUCUUGUAUCAUUCAUGGUAUUUCUUUAAUCUGCGUUCCACUGGUACUGAUAUACUGCUUAAUGGACACCAAGUUAACAAUCAGUAAGUGUGGAUAGGCUUAAAGAAAUGUUGUCACAUUGAAUGUGUUGAGGGCCUCUUGCCAGUCAGCAUCUUCAAAACAAAAAAAAGAUAAACAUAUGCCUCAAGUGUCUCUUCAGUUCCUGCUGGGUUUUAAAACUCCAUGAGAAACAUUUGGCACAGCCCGUUGAUGGUUUCAAGUUUAGCAUUCCCAUCAUGUUGAUGGCAGCUGUAAUACAGGGCAAACUGGCUGAAAGUAAAGCUCUUAGCAGCCAUUUAGAUGCUUCCCUGAUAACAUCCCAGUGUAAAGGGUGCUUCCUGUAGCUUGAUGAAUUCCCUCAUUUGUGUGUGUGUGUGGUGUGUUUUUACACACACACACACACACACACA